AUGCUCUCCGAAUCAUUUGUCGUUUCGACGCUGUCAUCCGCUAAGACUCCGAACUCCACACUUCGGGAUGUCGGUAUUAGCGUGCAUGAAUUCCAGCCAUCGCCUCAGCUGCGAUCUACCUUCAAGAAGAGCUCAACUACACCCAAUUGCUUGGCUGUGAGCCCGUCACAUAUUUUCUCCGCCCAGGCUGACAAGGCUGUGGUUCAUGUUUACAGUCGAGAAAAAGGGAACCAAGAGGCUUUGGUGCCUUUUCCGGAACGCAUCCGUAGCAUCGCAGUCGCUGGAGCCAAGUACGGCGAUGUACUAAUUUUGGGAACCGAGGGCGGUCGUUUAAUUUUGUGGGAGACAUGUACGGGACGUCAAGUAGCUACCACAGCUUCUCACCUUCAGCCGGUCACAUCCCUCGUCGUCGACCCCACUUCCAACUUUAUUCUAUCGGGCUCCUCUGAUGCUAGUAUACACGUCUGGUCCUUACCCGGAAUUCUAUCUUUUUCAAAACCUGCACUCAGCCGUGAUAGACAACCACCAAAUUCACCUAUCCGAACCUUCUCCAACCACCGUGCUGCCAUCACAUCCUUGGCUCUGGGGCAUAGCCAUGGUCGCCACAACAUCGUUGUAUCCACUGCGAAAGAUAACACUGCAAUUGCAUGGGAUUAUCACACUGGAAAUAUUUUGCGAACCUUCUUGCUUCCUUCCUCUGCGACCUGUGUCGCCUUGGAUCCAGUCGACCGGGCUUGCUACGUUGGUUAUGAAGACGGUAGCGUGCAAUCGCCAAUCCCCUCAACAUCCUCUCCACAACUCCUCCUUGCAAUCAACGCCAGCUCAGGUAUCUGCCGAAGAUCGAUGGCUCCCCCCUCUGCCGACUCGGGUGCUGCCAAUGCCCUUGCUCUGUCGUAUGACGGCACAAUAUUAUUUUCCGCACACGAAGGCGGCAAGGUCCUAUCAUGGAACAUUGCACGCCGAAAGUUUGCGUCUUCAAUCGCGGACACUACUCAUCCGGCGACCAACCUGGUGGUGCUGCCUCCCAAUGGUCUACCCCACCGCUCUCAGGAACUGAAACGUACUAGCCAUGCUAUCGUGAAACCACGUCAUGAUAACUCAUUUGCGGAUCCUUUGCAUGCGCCUGGUGCUGUUCCAGCAGCGUAUUCAUUCCACGCGCACAUCAUUGCCCCUUUAGAUGUCAGCUCUCGCCAACCAACUCAGUUCUCUCAAGCCCUCACCCAUGCAUACUUUCCCGAUUCUAUGAUUGAAGAAGGUCUUGCUGAACUCGCCACCUUUGGCCAGACUGGGGUGGCUGAUAUCUCUCGAGUCGCUCACACUACCGACAUCUCAAUGGACACAACUACUCACGACAGUCAGGUUGCCGACUUGGAGGCAGAGAUUGACCUGCUGAAGAAGAAAUCGGCAUUAAACGAUACAGCUCGGCAUGUCACUACUGAUGAGGUGGUGCAGCUUCGUUCAGAUGUUGCUCGUCUACAGGAUUACAUCAACGAGCUACAUGAGAAACAGGAGGCAGCUCAGCGUGACAAGGUCUUGCGGCAGGCGAGGAAAGAAGAACGUGAAACCAAGAAACGAGAAGCCUGGUUUGCUGCAGAGAAGAAGGGGCGCAAUGGCGAUAAAUUGGUGCAAAAGAUGGAUGUUGAUGACGGUGCACUGACUAGCGACUCGGACGAUCAGGACUCAGAGUGA